ACUGUGUGUUUAUAUUAUUUUGUUUCUUCAGUGUUUGGGCGUUUUCUUUCAGAUUUGCCAAGUAUUCUCAGCGAUUCACAGAUCGGAAUUAUUGACCCUCACGGAGUGUACUUUUCUGACCAACGACAUAAAAGAACAGGGAAAUACUGGAACCUGAAGGAAGACCGUACAGCCAUGGAAGACAUUCAAGAUCAGUUCCUUCCUUACAAAGGAGUAUUUGACUGUACAGAUGAUGUGUUCUCGCAGGGAUGUUACAGUGGGACACUGUUCCGUUUUCCACUGCGCACCGACCCUUCUGAGCUGUCACAGACCCUGUACUUUGCUGAGAAGAUGGACACACUGUUUAAGAGUUUUAAGGCCGACCCCCACUUGAUGCUUUUGUUUCUCACCCAUGUAGAAUGCAUUGAGCUUUACGUCAGAGAAGAAUCGGAGUCUACACCUAGAAAAAUCUUUCAAGUGAAGGUUGGUGACAAAAGCCUUUUGACAGUUCGGAAUAAGAGGAAAGAGUUUCGUGAGAAGAUUACCUCGGUAAAACUGAAUUCAGAAUCUGUCACGGUGACCUACCCGAUCACCAUAGAGAUCAUAAACGUCAACUCGCACGUUGCCGAAGAAGUCGAGCAACAUUCCUUCCUUGUUACAAACUACUAUUGUGGAGGAGACGUUUCUUCAAAGUUCAGAAAGUUAAUGACAGACAAGGAACUUAACUAUCUGCCUACAGUAGGGGUAGCCAUGGCACUGCCCACUGGUCUAAAGCAGCCCACACCUGAAAUCCAUGGCCACGUAUUUUGCUUCCUACCAUUGCCAGUACAAAAGACAACCUUGACAGGUUUGCCAGUGCAUAUUAAUGGCUUCUUUGCUUUGAGUCAGAACAGACGUCACAUUAAGUUGCCAAAUGCACAUCAGGUAGACGAGGAGAGCGCUGGUCGUGCGGUGAGUGACAAGGCCUUAAUGUGGAACAAUUGUCUCCUGGGGGAGGCCAUACCCAGAGCGUAUGCCAAGAUGCUUAUAGACGCCAUUAACACUAGAUGCUUUGAUGCACCUCUAGCAGCCAUCUACAAGUAAGUGUCUCUGUUCUUCACCUCAUGUCCAAAAAUGGUUAAAACCUCUUAGACUAACCGUCACUGCACAGCGA